GUAUUCCGUUGACGCCUCUCCAUUGGUCUGCGCUUUUGUGCAGUAUCUCUCAGCCGACUGUGUUUCUGUAGGAGAGCUCACUCGGAGCAUGGAUUUAGAAAUUGCUUGAAAGUUUCUACCCAACGAGAAAUCAAGACAAAAUCAACUCGGAUCUAAAAUUCAUCUUGCAACCUGUCGUUCGAGGUUCUAACACUUUGAGCUCGGCUCGGAUUGCCAUUAAUUUUUAUUUGGAUUGAUUUUUUGCUCUUUGUCCGAGUCUGUGGUCUGAGUUUUUGCCAUUCUGAGUGUAUCCUCAUCAAAAACGAUACCAUCACUUACCAAUUUUGUAAAGACUGCAGCCUUGUGAUAAGAAACGGCUACAGCAAACGGAAUAUCAUCAAUGUUAUUUCAAUAGUCACCAUCUACCAUUGUUGUACCAUUCAUUUCAUAUCAGCAAAAGUAUAUUACUUUGCAGUCAUCAUGCUCACACCAAACAGAAUAUAUGUCAUCUUCAUCGUUUUCAUGGUCAUGUGUUGCGUAUCACAAUCAUUCAGGCUUCAAACAGAGGAGAGUUUAACAGCGGUGCGAGGCGGAAUAAUCUCCGUACCCUGUAAGGUCUCCGUUCCAGCACAUGCAGUCUACUGGUACAAACACAACUUCACUGGAGCACCAUAUGCCGGAGCAUCACUCGUAGCUCGAGAUUUUUUCGGGUUUACAGAUCCCUUACAGGGCUUUGAGAGGUUCAGCAUCACCAAGGACUACAGUUUGUUCAUUAGAAACAUCACUGUUCACGACGAGACGACCUACUCAUGCCUAGUUGAGGAGAUUGAUUGGGAAAGAGGCUAUACGGACUUAAGAGUUAUAGCUACACACAGGCUUUAA